AACAAAGAAAAAACGAAAUGAGAGGUGAACACGGCAACAAGAUGACGACCAUCAGCGUGCUUCUCUGGCUGUUCUGCGGCGCUUUAGCAGCAGUGGCAGCUCGGGAGCUGAGCUGGAACAUGAUGUCUGGAGCCGGCAGUUUCGGAGCUCAGGGACCGGAUCCACCAGCAGAUGUCCAACAGGAGAAGCAGUCUUUCAACCAACCGAUGUCCUGGAGGUUUCCUGACCCGCCAGCUGAGGAGGAGCCUCACUUUCCUCCGGAUUUCGAGCUGAAGACUCCGGAGGCGGCCGACAGCGUCAGCGCCGUCUGUGGCGUGGACUCUGUGCGAGUGGAAGCCAAGAAGGACCUGUUGGGGAUCGGUAAACCGGUCCUGCCUGCAGACGUCGCGCUGGGAGGGUGUCCCGCCACGGGGGAGGACCCUGACACUCAGGUCCUGGUCUUUGAGUCGGAGCUGCAUGGAUGUGGCAGCCAGCUGCUGAUGUCCGAGGACUCGUUUGUCUACGUCUUCACGCUGACCUACACGCCCAGUCCUCUGGGAAACAGUCCAAUCGUCCGCACCAGAGAAGUCUCUGUCAGCAUCCAGUGUCACUACCAGAGGAAGCAUGGUGUGAGCAGUGGGCAUAUGGUGCCAACCUGGAAUCCGUACAGUGUCACCGAAUCUUCAGAGGAAAGUCUCUACUUCUCCAUCAGACUCAUGACUGACGAUUGGCAGUUUCCUCGUCCAUCCGCCCAGUACCUGCUGGGAGACAUGAUGAAGUUAGAAAUUUCAGUCAAACAGUUUCACCACCUCCCCCUCAGAGUGCUGGUGGACAGCUGCGUGGCCACCGUGAUCCAAAACGUAGACACCGUCCCUCGAUACAACUUCCUGGGAAACAAAGGGUGUCUGUUAGACAGCCAGCUGACGGGCUCCAGCUCUCAGUUCCUGCCUCGGACUCAGGACGACAAACUGCAGUUUGAACUGGAGGCGUUCAGGUUCCAGCAGGAUCACAGCGGCGUGAUCUUCAUCACCUGCAAUCUGAGGGCCACCACCGCGGCUGCAGCCGUCGAUGCCACCAACAAGGCCUGUUCCUUCUCCAACGGGUGGUCAGAGGCCAGUGGCGGGCACCGAGCCUGUUCCUGCUGUGAAACGGACUGUGGGACAGGAAGCCAGAGUCCCGUGACCAAAAUGGGGCCUCUGUGGGAACAGGAAACUGCUGUUGGACCGAUCGUGGUGGAGGAGAGACCCCUACGCUGAGAAAUGAACCAACAAACCACUUGUAUUAAAUGAAUGGGAAUAAAACUCAUGUUCUAAUAGA